CUGUCGGCAGUUCCCCACUUGCUCAGCUCAGCACUUGGCAGGAGGACGGGCUAGACUUGGCAAGCGUCUCUCGGGAAGUGACACUCAGGUGCAGGCCUGCGCUGCCCGCUGUAGCCGUCUCAGCAAUCGGCCAGUACGAGGCUGCUUGUCAGCUCUCGCUCGUGCACAAGCAGCGAUAAAGAGGCACCUUACCGUCUGAGCGCGCUCUUAGGUGCACGGACUGUCCAUCUCGCUCUCUCGCAAAGUGCUCAGCCUCACAUCGCACGCAUCCACAGAAGAGGAACCGCCACAGAUCAGCAGCCGUUUCGCUGUCGAUGAGCAUAUAGUGGAACAACGAGCCAAGAAUGACUCGAUCAUGCAUCAUCGGCCUCCUUGCCGGCCUGAUGUCGGGUUGCCGGGCAUACAUUCCAGCAAUGUCAUCCAACGAUACGGCACUGACACCUCAGAAUUCGGGCGAUUGGAUGCAGAUCCAAUGGCAAUCGCUCGGCUCGCUCACUUCUCCCGUCUCUCUGCAACUUACUGCGGAUAACUCGACGGGCGUAGCGCGAGGAGCGCUUGUCCAUUUCUCUGAACAGAACGACACCCUACAGACGCCCAGUGACGCUCCCUGGAUCGCUUACAUCAAUUGCGACACCAACGGCACUUUGGGCACCUACUCCAUGGAGACUGACAUCAUCACGCUUUGUCGCGACAAGGGUGCAGUGGCAGUGAUGCUGUACAGUCUGACCAGCGUCGGCUGUCUCGUCAACGAAGAGUAUCUCGACAACUUUGAGAAAGUGCUCGACGUCUUUGCAACGACAGACGUGCAGAGCUCCCGCCUGAUAGAAUCGCAGUUCUCAAACGUUCUGCCUUCCUCCUUCCAAUACAAUGCCACGCUUCUCAAUGCUAGCGCAGACGCAAUCUGGACCACCCUGAACCAUUCUGUCCUGCCCGUCGUUCCGGCUUCGGACCUCAGCACGACCUACCCCACUUCGACAUCGCUCGAUCCCAACGCACUGUCUAGCACAGAUGUCGCUACAUCUACUUCCGCUCCCGAUCUCUUCGGUGACGAUGGUACCACGACAGCGCUAGCAAAGCGACAGAUCACCGCGGAGCACAGUACCCGGACGAGUGCAGCCGACGCAUCCCGGACAGCCUCACCUGGCAGCACGCCCAGCGCUGCAGCACUCGGCAACUAUCUCAUCGCAAUUCUUGCGACAGCAAAUGCUACUGUAUCUAAUUCCACCUCAUCCCCGGCCGGGACCAUACAGGGCGGCUCAAGCGGGUCCAAAGCAUCCACGAGCGUUGCCAUGAUCAUACUCUAUGCUAUCUCUGGACUCGUCACGGUUCUGUUCCUCAUCGUCAUCCUCUCCGGCGCCGUCAGAGCAUUACGACAUCCCGAGCGAUACGGGCCUCGAUCGGGCCACGAUCCAGAUCAUCCAGACUGGGAAGGCGUACCUCAGACACGUGCAGGCGGCAUCACCCGAGCUAUCUUGGACACUUUCCCCGUGAUCAAGUUUGGCUCGAGGCCAUCGCCGACCCAGCCCAUGCGAGGCGAGGAGGCCUACUCAAAGUCUGCAGACGAUUUUGAUGAGGCGGAUGAGACGGGGAGCAAGUCUGAAGCUGUAGAGCUAGCAGUCAUGACCGAGCUUGGUCAUGAUGAUCCUGUCAAUGCUCAAGAGGGAGGAGCAUACGCAGCCGUCAGUACGGCAGAUGAGAAAGAAGCAAUAUCGCCUAUCGAAAGCGGUCAGAGGAGGAGCAUGUCCAAACAUGCUGUCGAUCCUCGGUCGGUCGACUCUCAACAGACCUGUCCGAUCUGCGUCGGCGAUUUCGAAGAUGGCGAUGAUCUUCGAAUCCUGCCCUGUGCCGGUCAGCACACCUAUCACCGCGAUUGUAUCGAUCCUUGGCUUCUGGGUGUCUCGAGCUUGUGUCCACUCUGCCGCUGGGAUGUCACGCAAAGUUUACAGACAGACCAAGCGCAAGAUGAGGUGCCUUCGCCAAUCUUGCCAGCACAGUCGAAAUUCGGACGCUAUCUCCAACAGAUCCGGAGCAAUGCAACGCGGUCCGGUCGGGCACGAAACGCAAGAGCGGCAGCACAAGCACUAUCAUGAACUCACGACCUUUACUUAUGGACUUUCCGUGGAUCGCAAAUAUAUCUCUCACCUUUUCACGACUGCUUGUUUGUUACGGAUCUUUUGCAAAUCAAGACUUUGUACUUCAGUAUGCAUCAUGGCGGGUUUACAGAUAGAGUGCCAACAACA